AUGAGCAAUCUCAAGUUACUUGUCAUGUCAAGUCAUUCACAUUUGUCACAAGGCCAAUUGAAUCUUGAUGGACUUAACUGCCUUCCUAACACAUUGAAAGUCAUCGAAUGGAAGGAGUAUCCUUUAGAUUUCCUACCAAGGCAAAAUCAAUUUCAUGAACUUGUUGAUCUUAAAAUGCAAUACAGCACAUUAAAAGAACUUUGGAGAGAAACUCAGUUUCUGCAAAGUUUGAAGUUCAUUGAUUUGAGUCAUUCAGCAAACCUGAUCAGAACACCAAAUUUUGAUAAAACUCCUAAUCUUCAAAGAUUAAUUCUUAAAGGGUGUACAAAGCUUGUUGAAGUUCACCACUCUCUCUGGCAACACAGGAAUCUUGCCAUUUUUGAUUUUAAAGGUUGCAAAAGUAUUAAGAAUCUUCCAACCAAAUUCGAGAUGAAUUCUUUAGAGACACUAGUUCUCUCUGGGUGUUCAAAAGUUAAAAAACUUCCUGAGUUUAGAGAAGGUAUGGAAUGUUUAUCCAAGCUUGAUUUAGAGAGCACUGCUAUAUCCAAACUACCACAAUCAUUGGUCAAUUUGACUGGUCUUAUUAUAUUAAAUUUAAAGGAUUGCAAAAAUCUGGUUUGCUUCCCAAGUGAUUUUCAAAAACUGAAAGCUAUAAAGAAUAUCAAUAUUUCUGGUUGCUCAAGGAUUUCAAGGCUUCCAGAGAAUUUGAAUGAAAAUGAUUCAUUGGAAGAGCUUCAUGUGGGUGAAACUGCUACAAGAGAAGUGCCUUCAUCCUUGAAUAAUUUAAAAGUAUUAUCUCUUAGGGGAUGUAAGGGCCAUCAGGUUCAACAAAGUCGUUCCCUUCUCAAGGUGGCAUUUAGGCUUCAAAGGCCACCAAGUUCAACAAACUCUUUGUGGUCUCCUUCUUUUUCAAAUCUAUCAUCUUUGGGCAAUUUACGUCUAAGUUAUUGCAAUCUUCAUGAUGACUCACUGUCCAGUGGAAUUAGCAAUUUAUCAUUACUGAAAGUGUUGGAUUUGUGUGGAAACAAUUUUGUUGAAUUUCCUUCUGGCCUCAUUUCCAAACUUGAAAAGCUUGAAUGUAUUACUUUGAAUGAUUGCCCAAGCCUUCAGUCUUUGCCUCAAGUUCCAGCAAACCUAUCAAUUAUAGAAGCAGUUGAUUGUCCAUCAUUGAAACAUUAUGUUCGUUCCCAGCAACUAUGGGAAUUCAUUGAGCAAUUUGAAUAUCAGGUGAAUGGUGGGUGUGGCCAUAUGCUUAGUGCUUGA